AUGGCUGAGGAAUCGAGUCACGAGCACGACAACCUGGCCCCCCUCAUGGACGAGGAACCCCCGAUGGUGCCUCCCACCAUCGAGAAGGAGCCGCCGCGAGGACGCCUGACGCCCCGCCCCAGCUUUCUAGAAAACCUGGCCAACUCGCGAGACACCCAAUUCCACCUGGACCGACGCAAUUCCAGCGAAAUCAACCGAUAUUUCCAUGGCCCGCGAGACCUCGACAGGCACUCCAAAUGGCCCAUCUUCCUGCGUAUGCACGGCAGUAUCAUGCCGAAAAUGAUCCUUCCCCUGGGCUUUGUCGCAAUCUGGGCUACUUUAAUCACCUGCAUUUCAAAAUGGGUGCAUAACACGCCCUUCUCGCCAUCAGUCGGCAUCAACGAUAUCCUGCUCACUGUCACUGGCUUCGUGGUCAGUUUGGCACUGUCCUUCCGCAGUUCGACCGCUUACGAGAGAUGGGGAGAAGGACGCAAGUACUGGGCACUGCUGAACCAAACAGCCCGCAACCUCGCGCGUACAUUCUGGGUCAGCACUGCAGAGCGGGAAGGAGAGCUCGGAAAAGACGACCUGCUGGCAAAACUGACGGCAAUCAACCUGAUCCUCGGUUUUGCGGUCUCCCUCAAGCACAAACUACGAUUUGAACCGGACGUCGGCUACGAAGACCUCGCCGGUCUGGUCGGAUACCUCGAUACGUUUGCCAAAGAAGCCCACGAUCGCCAGGUCGUUCGUCCUCCCCCCCAUACGCCGUGGAAGAGCUUUGGCGAGUACCUCGGUAUCUCAUUCGCCGAAUCGAACCCGCGAAAGCUCAUCAAGCGCACCAAGAAGCCGUUGGGUCACCUCCCCCUGGAGAUCCUCAACCACCUCUCCGCAUAUGUCGAUCGGUGUAUCGCAAACGGCACCCUCAGCGUCAGUCUUCACCAAAGUCAAGCGAUCACCGGAAUUGCCACCCUCAACGAAAUCCUCACCGGCACCGAGCGUGUCCUCGACACUCCUCUCCCCGCCGCCUACAGUAUCUCCAUCGCCCAGAUCGCCUGGAUCUACGUCCUGGUGCUGCCCUUCCAGCUCUACGACUUCCUGCACUGGGUGACCAUCCCGGGUUCAAUCGUCGCCGCCUACAUCAUCCUCGGCCUUGCCUUCAUCGGCAGCGAAAUCGAAAACCCCUUCGGCCACGACGUCAACGACCUGCCCCUGGACACCUACUGCCGCCAGAUUGCCGUGGAACUGGACAUCAUUACCGCCAUGCCCGCGCCCAAGCUGGACGACUUCGGCACCCGCGACGACAACUAUGUCCUGUACCCCCUCAGCACGUCCGGCUACCCGGAAUGGAAGGACCGCAGUGUCGAGGAGAUCCGCGCCGCGCUGAGAUCCAAGGUCAUCGCAAACCACAACCCGCCUGUGGCUAUGGCGGCCAUGUCCGAUGCGGCGACAGUGGUUGGGAGCGCGAGCAGUAAGCAGUCUGUUUAG